AAAACAUUCAAUGAAGAGGUUCAAAAGAACACGAAAAACAAACCCAAAACUGCAUGAUAAUGUCUGAAAAGCAUAGAAACCUUCCUUCCUGGAUGGUGAAAUCCGACGUUCAAAGAAGCAAAGACAAUGAAGCGGUGAUGAAGAAAACGCGUGCAACCACAAAAAGUACAGCGAAGAAGCGGCUCAAAAGUGUCAAGUAUUGGAUGAACGAGCGGGAGCUCGUGGAAACAGCGAUCGUCCUUUUGAAGGAUGAUGAGGCAUGUGCUAAAGAUGCAAUGCAAGCCCCAGAGGAGCUGAGGAUCAUUCCGGAGACAGAUGAAGACGCGUCAGACCCGGAUGUGCAGGACAGAAGAUGUGUUUCAGACAUCGCAGAGCAGGAGACUGUGCCAUAUGGAAACUACAUGGAAGAAAGAGCCUGUACAAAAGCAGACUGCCAUCUGAAACCUCCUCCUGAUGGUUCAGGAGCUUCUGAGAAGCACGAUGUGGAUGAUGAGGCUCUUGAACUUGUUCGCGAGAUUUUUUUCAAAUAAUUUAAACCUGAAGACACAAAGUUUAGUGCUAGCAAACAUAAUUUUAUCAAGAUUUAAAGUGAUACUUCAUAAUUUAGUCAUCCUCAUGUCACUGCAAACCUGCUUGGUUUUCUUCUGUGGAGCACAAAAGGUGAUAAUUUGAAGAAUGUCCUGGUCACUCUUUUCCAUGCAGUUACAGUGAAUGCCAAUUUUCAACCUACAAAGGGCCCCCCCAAAAAAGGCCUAAUAAGUUGGUUUUGGGACCACAUGAGGGUGA